CAACACCGUGACUUCCGUGUUGUGAACAGCCAGUUGAUUACAACAAGGCCUGGUGUGAUAACAGUGUCGCCUUGAAAACAGUGAGCAAACGAGAGGAUUGUCGUUAAUACACCGUCCUGAAAUCUUUGUGGUCCAGUAGUCAGAUUUUGAGAUUACACGCAGGUCACACUGGAUGGGCCAGCUGGCAACAUUUGGGGCCAGCUGUUAACAUCCUUUGGGCCUGUACUUGUAACAUCAGUCUGCAAUGGCCAGUCACUUCCGUAGCUACAUCUGGGACCCGGUCCUCAUUGUGUGCCAGAUUGUGUUGAUGCAGUGCAUCUACUACAGCUUCUUGGGCCUGUGGUUGGCUGGAGUGGACAGUCUGGUGCAAACUAGUCGGUCACUGGAUCAGAUCUUUAGCUAUGAAGCCCUUGGCUUUGCAACAAUGCAAGGGAGGCUGUCAAUGAUGGCAUUCAUCCUGAACUCUCUCACCUGUGCCCUUGGUCUGUGGUUCUUCAUCCGUCGAGGGAAACAGUGCCUCGACUUCACAGUCACUGUGCACUUCUUCCACAUGAUUGGCUGCUGGAUCUACAACGCUCAUCUUCCAGCCGCUCUGUCCUGGUGGCUCGUCAAUGUAGCCUGCAUGGCCUUGAUGGCUGUAAUUGGAGAGUACUUGUGCAUGCGGACUGAGCUAAGGGCCAUUCCGGUCAAUAGUGGACCUAAGUCUAACUUGUGAAUUUCUACUGACGCCACGCUGAAAAUCCGUGCACUGUUAACCCUCAAGGAGCUCGCUCAGAGGAGGGGUUUCCACUGUUGGUUAAUGAACAUGGACCUCAGUCAGCGUAUAUGUUGGAUUGUCAUGCAUUUCCUCUUAAAGUGAUAUAUCAGAUGAACUGAUCUAUUUAUUCAUAACUGUCCUUUAAUUGUUGGACAGUGUUAACUUUGUAGCAUAUUAAGAUACAUAUUGUAAUGCUUGUGGGAGCAGACGUCAGUUUGCACCUUACUCUGAAGCUAACGACUAUAGAUAGAAUUGAUUUCAUUUUUUCUUGUUAAAACUCAGUACAUUAGCAUGAGCAUCCCCCUCCCUCAUUUUAAAACAUUUUAAGACUUACAGUAUUUUUUCUUUUUCUUUUUUUUCUUUUUUACACCCAUAGGAAAUAACGAAUUGAAACUUAGGAUCAAACAGCGAGUGCAACAAAUGUCAAGUCCAGACAUUUUUGCUCUGUAUGUGAAGAAGUGUCACGACUAUCAUGUUCAUGGAUAUUUUGGUUUGAUAAUUGAAAAUGUUUCAGUUACACCACACAGCAAUUUAGUGAUGCCAGUAUGCAAAGUUACCUAUCACAGUUUUUAAUCUUUUUCUUUUUUCUUCUUUACAGUGGCUGGAUCUAAAAGUCAAACAUUGGGUAACACGUUCAGUGUUCAGAAAGGUGUACUGUAGUUUUCUAAGACAUAGUAGUCAAUCAUUAUGUAGACCCAAAUGUGGGAGACAGUCCUUUGUUUUAUUAUCUCAACACAUGAGAGUCAGAAGUAUAAAAUCGGGCUUAUUUUUACCUCUCGAGAUAAAGUUUCUACAUUCAGUCUCAUUCUGCUCAUUAUAGGCCUUCCUUGUUAAGCUUGUACGGCAUUUUGCACGGCUCUUGUUUGUUUGUUUCCCUCUCUUUAUGUCAUGAUGUAUUAUUCAGACAAGGUGGCCACUUUGGGGACAGUUUGUCAGCCACCAGCUGUGUUCUGACAGCAGGCUGCGUCUGUGUUUCCAAAAACACUGUCACUGUUUGUGGGGACGUGACGUGAGAAAUCCUGAAAUAAGCAGCACUGAUGGUUUCUGGAACAUUGUCGGCUUUAUUAUUUAGCGACAGCUUUUAAAACUCUGUUAAAUUAACAGGUAAUUAUCACAGCUCCUGUAACACUUGCUCAUGUAACUUUUCAUUCUGUGUGGUGAUAGUGUGGACUAUGCAGUGUCUUGUUAUGAAAUCAGGCUUCUCAAGUGUAGUGUAAGUACCUCAUUAUGAUGCAGGGGUUGUUAAUUAAAGGAGUGGUUGACAUUUUGGGAAAUGUGCUUUGCUGCCAUAAGUUAAAUGAGAUAAGAUUGAGAUUGAUACCACUCUAACGUCUGUACAGUAAAUAUGAAACUGCUUAGCUUAGCUUAGCUCAAAUACUGGAAACAGAGGGAAACCGGUAGCCUGGAUCUGUUAAGGUGAACAGCACCUCUAAAGCUCACUGUGUAACAUGUUAUUUCUCAUUGUUCAUUGUUCUCAAGUGUUUUAACAUGCAAAUUUUUGUACUAAACAGAUGAGACAUAUUAAGUUAAUUAAUUAAUUAAUUAAUGAGAUUUAGAGAUGCUGGUAGGUGGAUUUUGUUACCUUUGCAGCAGAGCCAGGCCGACUGUUUCCCCCCUAUUAUCGGCCAUUGUGCUAAGCUAAACUAAUUGUCUACUGGCUGUGUCUUUGUUUUUCCUGUUCAGACACAAGAGUGCUAUCAAUCUUUGUUUCUAAGUGCAGGAAAGAAGGUGAAUUAGCAUAAAUCCAAAAUGUGAAACUCUUCCUUUAAGCCAUAUUCAAACUCAUGACUACACUUUCCAAGCCGAUGUCAUUAUUUGACUAUUUCUAACAAUAACUGCGCUGAGAGUUUUCACAUGCAUUGCCACCUUUUUAUUCUUUAACAUAAUGUUAAUUUCUAUAAUGUAUUUAAAUAUAAAGAACUUGAGAGAUGGACCUUUUCAUGUAAUUAUAUUCUCUGACUUGUUUCUAGUGCAGAAACAUCACAGUCAUAAUGUGUACAUAUAUGUUUUUUUUUUCCUCUCUGAAGAUUAAAAUGGUGUUUGCACCAGGAUCAAGAACUUUUGGUACCAUGCAAAUACUUCUGUAGCUAUGCUGUUUAAUAAAACACUAACAGUUUG